UGGCUUGCGCUGGGCUCUAUUGCGUUUCACUCGUUUCAUCGGAGUCCCUGACGAAAAACAUUGGUUCAGUUUGAUCGGUGCGGUGGGCAGUAGGGAGUGCGUGUCUGGAAACGGGGAGCUGGAGGAGGAGAAGGGGAGAAGGGAGAAGGGAGAAGGGGGAACGGGAGGAAUCACUGAGCGCUGUCUCCGCGCCUUACAGGGAUGCUCCUGAAAUCCCGCACGAAGACUUUCUUCUCCCGCUGAUCGCGUUCACGUCUUGGAGUCGGGGAUGAAUCGCGUGCGUUGAAAAAUGCUGCUUUGGAUUGUGCUGUUGAAGGCGGCUCUCUGUGUUGCUACUGGAAAUGUUACAAGGGACAUUUGCAAAGAGCAGAUCUGCUCGUGUAAUGAUAUCGAGGGGGAUCUGCACGUUGACUGCGAAAAGCGGAGCUUCACUAACCUGCACCAUCUGAGCGGCCCCAGCUCUCAGUUCUACCACUUACUGCUGCAUGGGAAUUCUUUAUCGAGACUAUUCCCGAACGAGUUUGCCAACUUCUACAACGCCGUCAGCUUGCAUUUGGAAAACAAUGGCUUGCACGACAUCGUUCCCGGAGCUUUCCUGGGACUGCAGCUCGUGAAGCGGCUGCACAUAAACAACAACAAGAUUCGCUCUUUCAAAAAAAACACCUUCCUGGGCUUGGACGACUUGGAAUAUCUACAGGCUGAUUUCAAUCUGCUAAGAGAUAUCGACCCGGCUGUGUUCAGGGACUUGAACAAACUCGAGGUUUUGAUUUUGAACGACAACCUCAUCAGCAAGCUGCCCGGCAAUCUGUUCCAGAAUGUGCCCAUCACGCACCUGGACCUGCGUGGAAACCGCAUUAAAACGUUGCCUUACGAGGGAAUGCUGGAACACUUGCCGGGCAUCGCGGAGGUUUUGCUGGAGGACAACCCGUGGGACUGCGACUGCGACCUCCUUCCCCUGAAGGAAUGGCUGGACAGCAUCCCACGCAACGCUCUCAUCGGAAGGGUCGUUUGCGAAGCGCCGACGCGACUGCAGGGCAACGACCUGAACGAGACCUCCGAGAUGGACCUCUGCCCCUCCGCGAUCGGCGUGGACUCCAGUCUGGCGGCUCCCCCCACGCAGGACGAGACGGACUCCGGCUCCGUUUCCACGCCGCACAAAGUGAGAGCUGGCGACGGCUCCCCGAGCGCUGCGCCCAAGAAACAAAAGGGGCGCUACAAGUCGCGGGAAAACUGGCAGCUGAAAGCCAGACCCACGGCCACGGCGACCGUGAACGCGAGGAUGGAGCAGGUCCUCAACGCCACCUGCCCGCGCUCGUGCGUCUGCAAGCUGCUCGAGCCCCGGCGCGGCGUGCGCGUCAAUUGCGAGGGCAAGAAGAUCGAGAGCGUGACGAACCUGAAACCCAGACCGCAGAACGUGCUCGAGCUGAACCUGAGGGACAACAAUAUCCAUUCGGUGAAGAAGAGCUACUUCAGAGAUUACCAAACCCUGAUCCUCCUUGAUUUAGGGGGCAACAAUAUAAGGACGAUUGAAAAUUGCACUUUUCAGAAUCUGUCAGCUUUAAGAUGGCUGUACAUGGAUAAGAACUACCUGGAUACCCUAGGCGUGGAAAUGUUUGUUGGAUUGCAGAACCUGGAAUAUCUCAGUUUGGAAUAUAAUGAUAUACAGAUGGUGAUGGCGGGGACAUUCAAUCCAAUGCCCAACCUGAGGGUUUUGUUCCUCAAUAAUAAUUUGCUCAAGUCUUUGCCCGUUGAUGCUUUUAAUGGGGUCUCGCUCUCAAGGAUAAGUCUGCACAACAACUACUUCACGUUUCUCCCCGUGGCGGGGGUGCUGGACCAGCUCACCUCGAUCAUCCAGAUCGAUCUCCAUGGAAAUCCCUGGGAAUGUUCAUGCAACAUCGUACCCUUUAAGCAAUGGACAGAGAAGAUUGGCCCAGAUGUCAUUGUGAGUGACCUAAAAUGUGAGUCCCCAGAAGAGUUUUGGAAGAAAGACUUCAGACUCCUACCGAAUGACCUGCUGUGCCCGCAGCUUUACGAAAAAACACUCACAACUUCUCUGUCUAAGAACAUCACCUUCACUGCAGACACAGCCACCAGGUCCAACUCCUACCUGGAGCCCAGCAGGGUCUCCAUCUCUGUCUUGGUACCCGGAUUGCUGCUGGUUUUUGUCACGUCUGCUUUCACCGUCGUUGGGAUGCUCGUGUUUAUCCUGAGGAAUCGCAAGAGAUCAAAGAGAAGAGAGGGCAACUCCUCUGCAUCCGAGAUAAACUCCUUGCAGACGGUUUGCGACUCGUCAUACUGGCAUAACGGGCCUUACCGCACAGACGGACCCCACAGGGCCUUCGACUGUGCAACCCACUCCCUUUCUGACUAG